UAUGCUAUGCUCUCUCCCGUUGUACAUCAUACGCCAUUAUAUUUUCUAUCUCCCUCCUUAUAAAGCAGACAAUAAAGAGAUUGAUUAUCAUUUUCGCUCUUUCACCUUGUGUUGUUUUCAUCAUCUCACUACUGCAAGACAAGGAGUAAUCUUUGUUAUCUCAGUUGUUCUUAUAAACAUGGAAAAAUAUAAGUACCCAAAAGAGUACCCUUGCAGUCCCUCCUUCUCUUCUACACUUCUUGGCUCUAUUUACCACUCCAUAGACCAAGCUGGCAAAGAGAAGAAACCAAGAAACUUUAAUUCAAGUACUAGCUCUUCUAGCUAUGGUCUUAAUAAUGGGCCUAAACCAAUUAGAACUAGCAUUUCAACUAAACAAGAAAAGUUUGAUCACAAGCACCAACAUCCCAGAGGCCUAAACUUUUAUGAUUUUUCUCUAGCAAAGGAAAAAGCUAAACAACAUGAAGAUGGUUUUAAGAAGACAAAGUCGAGAGCUAUGAAGAUUUAUAGAGGAUUGAAGAAAGUUAAGCAGCCAAUUUCUCCUGGAGGUAGACUAUCAACUUUCUUUAACUCACUUUUUACAAAUGGGAGAAAAACAAAGAUUUCCUCACAUGAUCAUGAGGAGAGAAAAUUAAGCAAGAAUAUUAUUAGUGGUCCACGUGGGCACAAGAGUUUGGACAUAGGCCAACAAAAUAUUGAGGCUAGAAAAGGAACUAAUAGAAAUUAUAUUCAUGAAGUAAAAUUCCACAAGAAUAUUGAAAUGUUUGAAGAAGAUGAAGACGAAGAUGGAAGUUGCACAAGUUCUGAUCUAUUUGAGCUUGAUAAUUUUUCUUCCAUUGGAUUAAUGGAAUUGCAUGUCCUAUAACACAACAAAUUUUGGUACUAAUUUAGCCAUUAAAGUAAAAUGGUAAUUAAUUUGAUUUUGUAACUCUAAAUAAAUUCAGAAAAUUGUACUGGUAUUAUUAUUAUUGUUGUUCUUGUUACUAGCUAGUCUGUAUACUAUAUUUUGUGGUUGGUUUGGGGAUUUACAGCAAGAGAUAAUUUGAAAUAUCUCUUUGAAAUUUAA